AUGAUAAAGGCUAUAUUGGUGAUCAAUAAUCAUGGAAAACCGCGCCUUCUGAAGUUUUACCAACAUUAUUCCGAAGAAAUUCAACAGCAAAUCAUUCGAGAAACGUUUCAAUUAGUAUCAAAGCGGGAUGAUAACGUCUGUAAUUUUCUCGAAGGUGGUACACUCAUCGAUGGUAACGAUUAUCGAUUGAUUUAUCGUCACUAUGCAACUUUGUACUUCAUUUUUUGUGUGGAUUCAUCGGAAAGCGAACUUGGAAUUCUUGAUUUGAUUCAAGUAUUCGUUGAAACUCUCGACAGAUGUUUCGAAAACGUUUGUGAACUCGACUUGAUAUUCCACGUCGACAAAGUGCACCACAUUCUUGGAGAAAUUGUUAUGGGUGGAAUGGUGCUGGAAACAAAUAUGAAUGAAAUUCUGCAAAGAAUUCAAGAGCAAGACAAAAUUCAAAGUCAAGAAGCCGGAAUCACUGCUGCUCCAGCUCGCGCUGUCUCUGCUAAAUUUAAUCUUGAUCGCCAUAUUCGCAAUUGCCAUCCGCUGAAUUCCGAAGAGAUCGACCAAAAAACUGAAUGUGUGAUUUGCGGUACGAUGUUUAGCAGUGUUCAUGCGCUUACACGGCAUCAAAGAAUGGCUCAUCAAAUUGGAAAAAUCAAGAAACCUGGGCAUAUAUUCGAAAAUGUAAAAUGCCGAUUCUGCGAUCGCACAUUUAACAAUCAUUUUGCCCUGAGAAAACAUCAGGCAUUUCAUAGCAAAAUUGACAAAUUGUCUUCAAGGACCAAAAAAGAACACAAAUGCGAAUAUUGCGAUAAAAUGUUUUUGCAUGCUGCUUCUUUAAUUUAUCACGUUAAAUUACAUACCGAAGAGGGAAAUGAAAUACGAAUCGACGGGUUACGUAGAUGCGCGGUCUGUAAUUUAGAGUUUCCAUCUCAAGAACAUUAUAAGAAUCACGUUGAUCUCCAUCAUUCAAUAACCUGCUCAUAUUGUACUCAGAAAUUCCCCACUCGUUCUUUAUACGAUCAACACAAUUGCAAUUGUAACUACGCCCGAAGAUAUAAUCCGACAGCAUUGGCAUCAAGAUCUGUAAUUUGUCGCCUUUGUAAACCGAACCAAAUUCUUGUCACCGUGCGACAAAUCAAAGAACACCGUAAUCGACAUCAGCCGAGACGUGUUCAUCUAUGUUGGACGUGCCACAAAUCGUUUAGGACCUCCGAAUUGCUCAAUCUUCAUCGAUAUGUUCACAAUGCGAUGCCGAUUCGGUGUAAUCAUUGCUCUGCUGUAUUCAACAGCCGAUUUGUGCUUAAACAGCAUAUUCGACAAGAACACACUAAUGAUAAUCAAUAUCAAUGUGCGGUUCAUGUGGAUAGGAAUGCUGCAAUGUCUGUUCAAUCAUUCGGAGAAUAUGGAAUAGAAGAUGCUCAUGCCGGCGAAACUGCUCGAGCUCAAUCGGUCGUCGAUUGGAUGGAGCAGCAGCAGGGAACUGUGGAGGAGCAAGAACGCUCGAUUGCUUUUCGCGGCGGCGAAGUUCGAUGUGAAGUUUGUAAGCAUUUGUAUAAAAGUAUCGAUAUGCUUAGCGAUCAUUGGCUCGAAAAUGAGACCGAGAGAGAACACUCAUUCGCUGUCGUCACUUGUCCAGUUUGCAAAGCGAGUAUUCGUGGGGCCGCGGAAGCUGCAAAUCAUUUAAGAUAUGAGCACUUUGUAUCGAACAACGCACAUUACUCUCUAGCGACCAUUGAGAAUGUGAAUUCGAAAAAGGCAGAAAAACCUCUUCAUGAAUGUUUGGAAUGCGGGAAGAAAUUCAAACGGAAAAACGAUCUACAUCGUCAUUUGCUUAUUCAUUCAGGCGAAAAACCAUUUAUGUGCAAUAUUUGCAACUUGUCUUUUCGUGUCAAGACCACACUAACGAAUCAUCAACUGACCGUACACGGUAACAAUCAAACGUUGCAUCAAUGCAGAGCAUGCCAAAAGCUGUUUUUCCACCGUAAGUCGUUGAUCAGCCACAUGCGGCUGCACACGGGGGAAAAGCCUGUGAAAUGCAAACAUUGCGACGAAGGAUUCCGAACUUCUGGAAUCGCGAGACGACAUGAGAAACGGUGCAAUGGACGGGUUGAGAUGUAUCAGCCAUCGAACAACUUUUAUGGUUAUAUUCCCAAUUCGGAUCCGCUCUAUUUGACAGACUCGAGUACUCAGAUGCGAGGAGUGCGACGAACAAUUCAACAAAUCUCAUCACUUCCUGCAAAGCCGCUUAAAUUGUCGAGCUCGACCGCAUUCCAACCGAUUGCCUCUACUUCAACAUCAAUUCCGCGUUAUGGAUUGCCAUCAUCGACGAUUUACAUUGUGACGAAACCCAUUGACGAGUUGGCGUAUGUUGUUAUUGCGCAGUUCGAGCACCCCGCGCCGAAUACUAUCCGAGAGACGGUUGACACUAUCAGCGCGAUCGAGAUAAAUCAACUGAAACCUGAUUCUGGCUUGUCAAUUGUACUUCAUGGUGAUAAGCGGCUCAAUGUGAACAUUUUAAGAGUUAUUGAAGAAAUGCGAAAAUCGCAAUCCAUGAUUCGAACCAAAGUUCGCGCUGGUGAUCCAUAUUUGGAGACGAAUUUGUAUCAAAUAUCAACUCCGGAGGAUUUGCCAUUUAGGAAACGAUGCGACAUUUGUAAUGAAGAUUUUAUAACGAAAGAGCAGAGCGAUUCGCAUUUCUUGUCCGAAGAUCAUGAAAUUGCUCAACACAUGUAUCCUAUCAACAAUCGACAAACAUUGGCGAUCGAAGCUGCCUAUAAUGGAUUUCCUCAACAACCGGUGAACUUGUCGGAAUACACUUGCAAAUUGUGUGGAAAGAAAUUCUUGGAUGUCGACUUCCUCGCUGAGCACGUCGGAAAAGAGCACGGGCGUGGUGGAGAUGUUGUGAUUCCGCCGCGACCUACCGCCCAUACAGCACCGAUUCAUUGA